AUGGACUUGGCAGCGCAGGAGAAUCAAGCUCGCGCCGAACGUUGGGAAAAGGGAACAAAGAUUGGCGAAGGUACCUAUGCCAACGUCUACAAGGCGACCGAGAAGGCAACGGGGAGGAAAGUGGCGAUCAAGAAGAUCAAGGUCGGGAUGAUGAAAGACGGUCUGGACAUGUCAGCGCUUCGCGAGGUCAAGUUCUUGCAGGAGCUGCACCACCCCAACAUCAUCGGACUCCUCGACGUCUUCUCCGUCAAGCAAAACAUCAACCUUGUCCUCGAGUUCUUGGAUACGGACCUGGAAGCCGUCAUCCGCGACAAGACACUCAUCUUUCAGGUCGCAGACAUCAAAUCAUGGAUGGCCAUGUCACUGCGCGGGCUCGAAUACAUCCAUCGUCAUGGGGUCUUGCAUCGUGACCUCAAGCCUAAUAACUUGCUUAUUGCAAGCACAGGUGAGCUCAAGAUUGCCGACUUUGGUCUUGGGCGAGAGUUCGGAGACGCAGCAUACAAGAUGACUUCGCAGGUUAUCACUAGGUGGUACCGGCCGCCCGAGCUGUUGUGGGGCGCGCGCCAUUACGGCUCGACGGUCGACAUCUGGUCGAUGGGAACGAUCAUGGUUGAGCUCGUGCUGCGCGUGCCCUUCCUCGCGGGCGAAACCGACAUCGAUCAGCUCAAGAAGACAUUCCAUGCGAUGGGUUCACCGACAGAGCAGGACUGGCCGGGCCACACCAAGCUACCCGACUACAUCGCGCCCGAGUAUUUCCCACCCAACCCGUGGUGGAACAUGAUUUCGUCCGUCGGCAGGGACGGGCAGGACUUCUGUCGGGAGAUGCUAAAGUACGACCCGCUUGCUCGGCCAAGCGCGAAGAAGGGCCUCAGCCACCGCUUCUUCACCUCACUGCCUCGACCAACCCCGCCCAUUCUCUUGCCCAAGCCCAUGGCUGAGCUCCGACCCCGCGAAAUCAACCCCCAGGACUUCGGGCCAGGGCUCGCCGCCGACGUGCCAAAGCGCAAGGUAGCAAGCCCGAACGGUGAAGGCGAGCUCGGCGACCGAAGCAUUGCCCGCCGCCUCUUUGCCUAG